AUGGAGAAAAUUGGUCAUCGUUAUGUGAUACAAUACUUUUAUUUGAAAAGCCUCAGCCCAACCACUAUAAAAGCUGAACUGGAUUCUACUCUGGGUGAGUCUGCUUCUUCGUUUACAACAAUAAAAUAUUGGGUAGCAGAGUUUAAACGAGGCAGUACGAGCUGCCAAGACGAGCAUCGCAGUGGUCGAUCAAAUAAGGUGACGACUCCAGAAAUGGUGAAGAAAAUCCACAAAGCGGUACUGGAUGAUCGUCGACUGAAAGUGCGCGAGCUAGCAGACAUAGUAGGCAUUUCAAAAAGUGCGGUACAUCGCAUAUUAUCUGAAAAUUUGNGUCGUGAAGAUGUUUCAAUUGAGUCGACUAUAUACGAUGUUGCCCAGAGGUACGCUGCCUUAGAGGACUCCGAGAAGGCCUUCUUCAUCCCGACAAAGAAGAUCCAAGUAAGGGAGAAGGCGAGAAUAACUCCGAAACUCAUUCAAAGAACCCAAGACCUUAUUUUGGAAAACCCAAAGACCUAUUUGGAGAUCCUAAGGACGGUGAGGACUGCUCUACAGUCAAUGCCGAAUGGUACACCGGCAUUUGCUUGCAAACUGUUUUCGAACAAGUACGUGAGAAACGACCAAGAAAACGAAUCCAGUUGCAUCAAGACAAUGUAUCAUCACACAAUGCAGCUCAAACAACAGAAUUUUUGGUCGCAUCAGGAGUGGAAGUGA